AUCUCUUCAUCAACUUCUUCCCUUCUAUUUAAACGAGCGUUCUUCUUGCCCAUUACUCACUAUUAUCUCACUAAAAUUUCCUUUCCAAACGUCAAGAUGCAAAUCUCUACCCUUGCGACCUUUACCGUCUUUGCCACGGUCGCUUUUGCAAAAAUGCACAACGCAGCUGUCUGCGUUAAGAACAGGCAGCGUGGUAGCACUGGGAAUGGGACACCCUACGGCAUCACUUACGGCUCAUGGACAGAAUACGAGAUCGACACUGCGGGUACCCAGUGUGCCUGCAAUUACUAUAAAAAUCGCAACACCGGCAACAACCAAUGGGACAAAUGCCCCGACUGUCACUUCGAUGGUCUUCAGUGCGUUUCCAAUGCCUGGCAUAUCGGCGGAGACGAGAUAACCUACUACUGCGAGAAGAAGUGCGGUAGUCAGGGAGCCGAGGCGAACUAAAAAUGUGACAGAGGUGAAUGUUUCGACAUCACAACCAUGAUGCUGUAUUUGGAUUCUGCUCUAGCCGCCAGGAUGUGCUCUUGUUUGAGUGUAAUUAGUCUAAAACCAGCAUAAUAAAGUGCGACUGCGA